GGUGGUGGUGGUGGGGGGGUGACGCGGGAGGAGGCGAGGCCCCUGCUCACCGGGGUUCGCCGGUUACCGGCAGAAGCGCCACGGACGCACGGACAGACGAGUCGGGACCGACGCCUCUGCCAGCCGAGACAUGUCUGCCCCGGGACUAACCGGCGAUGGCCUCGUCAAGGUGAUAAACCCUCACCUGGCCUCAUUGCAGGAUGACGUCCUCUACCACUUAGGCCUGGCCACCAAAUCCCACGACCUCCCGGCCAUGUUUGGGGACGUCAAGUUUGUGUGCGUGGGUGGCAGCGCGUGGCGGAUGCUGGCCUUCGCGCGGUACAUCGCCAAGGAGUUGGAGCUGCCGGACCAGGGAGACGGGCCCACCAACUUGUGCGAGGCCACGGACCGAUACUGCAUGUACAAAGUGGGGCCCGUGCUGUCCGUGAGCCACGGCAUGGGCGUUCCGUCUAUCGGCAUCAUGCUGCACGAGCUCAUCAAGCUGCUGUUCCACGCCAAGAGCCGCAACGUGCGAAUCUUCCGCAUCGGCACGUCCGGCGGCAUCGGGCUGGAGCCGGGCUCCGUGGUGGUGUCGCGCACCGCCGUGGACGAGCAGUUCCGCCCCGAGUUCCGCCAGGUAGUGCUGGGCGAGGUGGUGACGCGCGACUCCGAGCUGGACACCGAGCUGGCGCACGAGCUGCUGCAGUGCGCCGAGGACUUCGCCGACGAGUUCCCCACCAUCGUGGGCGACACCAUGUGCACCAACGACUUCUAUGAGGGUCAGGGUCGACUGGAUGGGGCGCUGUGCUGCUACACGUCGGCGCAGAAGCUCGAGUACCUGAAGCGCGCCUAUUCGGCCGGCGUGCGAAACAUCGAGAUGGAGUCGUCCAUCUUCGCCGCCAUGUGCAAGCUCUGCGGCAUCCGCGCUGCCGUGGUGUGCGUCACGCUGCUGAACCGCCUGGAAGGGGACCAGAUCAGCAGUCCCCACGCCGUGCUCUCCGACUACCAGGAGCGGCCGCAGCGACUCGUGUCUCGCUACAUCCGCAAGCAGCUGUCCAGUGCGAGCGGCCGAGCGCAUGGCCUCCCGGGGCCCCGGCUCCAAAUGCAGCAACGAGGCCACGGCUCUGAGUCUCCACUCUGACCGGUCACUGUCUCCGCAGCAGCGUCACCCUUUACCCUAGGACUCUGCUGCAAGUUCAACCCUUUACACCUGGAAUGUUGAUGCUAGUUCCACCUUCUACCCUAGAACUCGACCUCCCUGCCAACUCUCCACCCAGCGCGCCCCACCCUGCAGCACUCUACCCAAACCCAGCUCUCCAUAUCACCAUCCGAUACCUCCUAUGUCCCGACUCUCCACCCCUGUGUAUCCCGCCCCACUCCACCUCUGCACUCACUCACCCACUUCUCUUCAACUCUCUACCUCUUCACUCACUCCCCCUACACCCCGAGUCUCCACCCCUGCUCCCACUCCACCCCGACUCUCAUCAAUGCACCCACUCCACCCUGACUCUCCACCCCCUGCUUCCACUCUCACACUCCACCCCGACUCUCGUCCCUGUACCCACUCCACCCUGACUCACCACCCCCUGCUCCCACUCUCACACUCCACCUCUCAUGACUCAUGUGGCCCAGCUUGUAUCCGUAUCACUCGUGAGUUCCUGUGCACGAAUAACUUCAAGGCGGGGGGGGGGGGGCUCCCUUUGUAGUGGGUGCAGGUUACGCAGCAGUUACCCCGUGGUUACCAUGUGGUUACCCCGUGCUGUACGCUCGUAGUGUAUCGAAGACUGUUCGACGUGUCUUGUCUGUUCAAGUGUCACUGUUGAAGCGUACAAACAAGAGUUUGCUCGUUCGUUUAGUAUUUAUACUCAAAUUAGUUACGUGCAUUUCAUUUGACAUUGUACGUACUCGGGCGCCGUAUGCUGAACAUAAUACGUGACAAAGAGUGUUACUGUGUGUACACGUCUGAGUAUGUGUACACGUGUUAGGGUUUCACUGUGUGUACACGUGUAUAGAUCACGAUCGCGAUGGAUACUGGUGUUGUAGCUAGCGUCUAGGACAUAUCAUAGAGAUGACUGCACGAGUUGUAUUUUCAUUUGUGAAAAACACAACACAUUCGUCAAGAACACCUUGGCCGUAAAAAUGACUACUAUAAGCAAAGAAUGUGUCCCGCGCGUGACGUCAUUCCACGAGGCCCACCCCCCCCCCCGCGUGACGUCACUGCAAAAGAGCCCCCCCCCCCGUCAUUAAUCAGGAUUUUUACACUCCCACAGGUCGAGUGGAAAGAAAUCUUACGCAAAUUCGCUUUAAAUUUGACGUGUCUUUAUUGAAAACGUUAAUCAAAUAAAUAUUUAUACGCAGCAA